UAUAUAAGAAAGGGUCAAAAUCAUCCUGUGACAACCACAGAGGGAUUAGUUUAACUAAUAUAGUAUCUAAAAUACUAGCCUCGAUAAUUAUCAGACGCCUAACUAAGACUCGUGAACUGCAAACACGAGAGAACCAAGCUGGCUUUAGACCUGGUCGUGGCUGCAUCGACCACAUAUUCACCAUUCGUCAGAUUCUAGAACACAGGCAUACUUAUCGGCGUCCGACAAUGGUGGUCUUUCUCGACUUAAAAGCAUCAUUUGACUCGGUAGACCGCGAGAUUCUGUGGCAGUGUCUGUCAUUGAAAGGCGUACCCCAGAAGUACAUAAACCUUGGAAAGGCUCUUUACUCGAACACUACUAGUCGAGUCAGAGCUUAUGGCGAACUGUCAUCUACUUUUGCAACCUCAAGUGGUGUCCGUCAAGGCUGUCCACUUUCCCCAUUUUUGUUUAACUUCAUCAUAGAUCUACUGAUGGAAAUAACUUUCUCGUCGACUGAGUUCUCGGGUAUUGAUCUCCUACCAGGAGGUCCACUUAUCGACUUAGAAUACGCAGAUGAUAUAGUCCUGUUUGGUGAAGACGCUGAUAAAAUGCAGUCUUCUGGUAGCACUGAGCAACAAUGCCAGAAUGUUUGGAAUGCGCUUCUCCUCCUCUAAAUGCAAGUUGUUGCUUCAGGACUGGUCUGGGUCAACACCUGAACUAAGGAUAGGGAGUGAAGUAGUCGAACGCGUUGACAACUUCACUUAUCUUGGAAGUCUGAUCAGCCCUAAUGGGUUGGUAUCGGACGAAAUCUCAGCACGGAUUCGAAAAGCUCGUUUGGCUUUUGCCAACUUGCGUCACCUAUGGCGAAGGCGAUAUAUCCGUCUAUCAAUAAAAGGACGAGUAUACUGCGCGGCAGUCCGUUCUGUUUUAAUUUACGGCAGCGAAACAUGGCCAUUAAGAGUAGAAGACACUCGUAAGCUAUUAGUAUUUGACCACAGAUGCCUUAGAAAUAUUGCUGGCAUCUGCUGGGAUCACCGGGUAAGUAAUAGUGAGGUUCGACGCAGGGUAUUAGGGAAUGAUGGUAAAUCAGUUGAUGAGGUUAUGAAUCUUCAUCGACUGAGAUGGUUGGGCCACGUAUUACGUAUGCCUGAACACCGACUACCACGACGUGCAAUGCUAUCCGGUUUUGGAAAUGAUUGGAAGAAAGUUAGGGGCGGCCAAACCAAAACGUGGCAUCAGUGCUUGAAGUCACUAACUUCUAGUCUGAGCCAUUUUGGCAGAUGCAGACUACUUGGUUGGGGUCCGCGUGACUAUCGUAACCAAUGGUUGGAGACUCUUGGUGACAUGGCUCAGAAUCGAUCACAAUGGCGUCGGUGUAUACACUCCCUGUCUUCCCUUAAACUAAGAGAUUAAAAUCACUUCAUAUCUUUCUUUCUACGAACCAAUUCUUUCUUCUUGUACUAUAUCUCUAUAUGCAAUCUUUCUCUUACAUGCUAUGAAUCCGGUGUUCAUCUUGUUGUACUGAUGCGGUAUGGCAACCUGGACCGAUGCGUAUACGUGCCUGGUCCUACGUUGUAGCUGACUGACUGACUGACUGUUAAUAUCUGUUGUGCUGAUUUCAGAUGUUACCAGAUCAGGUUGCUGUCUUGAUCCUCACAGUUGAUACUUGCUAGAAAUGGAUGAUUAUCGAAACAUUGUUUCUGAAAUGUAACGCUAUAGCCUAAUUGUCAAAGUACUCGGCUUAGAACCACUAAGUUGUAAGUUUGAACUAACACGAUUUUCGGCAACCAGGUUGCAUUUUUGUUCGAUAACUAAUUUAUUUCCCAAAUACAGAUAUCUGUACUUGGUAAAUAAGUUUCACUUCUCAGUGGUUCCUAGAACGUCAAAAUACUUUUAUAAGUUUUCCUAUGACUUGAUCUGUUUCAUCGCUUAUCAGAUCCUCCUCCUAACUACAGGCAAAGGUUUGACAUCUUUUGGUAGUUCUUCAUAGAUCAUAUCCUCAAUCAGGGGGAUAGUAAUUGACAGACAAGCAACAACUCGUAAUAUCAAUCUUUCUGAGUUCUCACCGUUUCAUUCAUUUAGAUAGUGUGAAUGCAUGUGCUGCUUUCAACUUAAUCCUAUACUUUCACGCGUGAAACCACGAAAAUUCGCUGUUGAAUCUCUAGAUACCUACCAGGUACAGUGGCAUGCUUCCACACGUUGGUGAAAUAAAGUCAAGUAAUGACACGAGUUCUAGGUAUAGAAUUCAGAAAGACAAACUUAUUUAGUAGAAUUCUAAAUUUACUGAUUGAUGAUAUGUUAUCCCAUAGUUCUAGCAUUAAGGUUUCCGACAAGUAGUUUGACUUACUGUGUCAUGACACCACGUUUGGUAUUACGUAAUCUCAGUUUGUUAACAAGUCUCAUAUCCGAAUGAAGCUAGUGGGGGGUUGGUAAGGUGCCUAUGAUAAGAUAAAGGGAAUUAAUGUUGAACCGGAUAAGCCUAAGACCUGCAUAUGGUUCGUGGAGGAUGGGCACUUUAUCCCUCCCUAAACAGUGAAGGGGGCUAUGGCUUGGUGCCCAUCACUAGUUACUCAUUGUCCAUUUAAACACCAUUCUGACGGUAGUUCUUUAUACUAUUAAUCAUUGGUUACUGGUGGGAUCCCUAUUGCGUAAACAUGAAAGUAUUAAUUCACUAGUAAAUUCUCACUAGAAAUAUGUACAUCCUUUGUUAUAUUUUAGAGAAUGAUAGUCUUGUCGAAAGUGUCUACUUGGUUUCCGAGCAAGCUGUUUCUGAUGAAUCACCUUCUUACACUGAGGUUUCGGAGUCUGACAAGUCAGAAAAUUCUCUAUCCACAUCGACGUUCGAUUUCGUCAAACUGGACUGCGACCAAAACCAUGCUGCCAUUACACAGCCCUCUCCAUCUUGUAACUUGGACCAGUUACAUUGUUUAAGCAUACCUGAUGAGAAAGAGCCGACUAUUGUAUAUGAACAAUCAUGUAUCCAAUCGUCAACGUACUCUGAAAUAAAUGCCUCUGAUCGGAUACAUUUUUACUUCCGUGAUUUUCUUUUGGGAGGCAUACUUUUCAGUUUGCUUUUAGGUCACAUGCUGUAUUCUGAACAAUGUUAUAAAAAUAGAAUUGCUGGUUGUGAAAUUGAACGUGACAAAUUAUCAACAAACAUUUCUUUUCUAUCGACUGAAAUUUUACAAAAAGAUACAGCAUAUCGACAUCUGGAAAUUAAACAUAAACACCUUAAAAAUGUAACACAUCAAUUGCAUUCAGAUAUAUCUAUACUAACAGCUGAAUUACGUGACAAAGCCCUAGCUUACAAUGAAUUAAAAUCAGACUACAAAUAUGUCAGUGAUAAAAUGAAAGAGUUAACCAAUGAAUUGCGAAAAUUGAAAUUUGCGCUUAUGGAUUUGAAACGCUCUUCGCUAUUUUUUCCCGGUAUCAGAUUGAUCAAAGAUAUCUUGUGUAAAAUUUUAAGCGUUUGCCCUGAUCUAGAUGGAGAGUAGACAAAUAAAUGGACUAAAAGUGAGCCAUGUCUUCGGGACAGAAUAAAGGAUAAUAUAUUUUUCUUUUCUCAGUUAAUGUUUUCGUCAUAUUUCUUUAUCUUGUUAAGUUUUAUUUUGCGUAAUUUUGGCGUUUCGUCUAAAAUUUCUUUUAUCUUACAGCUGAUAAUGUAAACAUUUAUACCAAAAGAUUAUUUAUAAUUUAUCUUCAUUAUAUACUUCAUUUUGAGAAUUUUCCUUCAAGUCAUUACGUCACAGUUUAAACAGUAUCAUAUAAACUAUAACACAAAUAGUCCGAAAUAAAUUCAUACAAAAAUAGAGUGAAGUCUCGAUUUAUUUGGUUCUUCUCCAAUAAAUAAAUAAUGUACCAUUAUGGUUCUCUUGUUUACGACAUAUAUUUCAAUUAUUUGGUUCUGAUAUAAUUUGAUUUUAACCAAUUUGCAGAAAUUAGAGCCGUAUCUAUAAGACAAAUCUUUAUUAUGAUGUGUCGGAACUUAUUCGGAAAUUCUUAAACAAUUGUUUUCUGAAGUUCGUUAUUUAAA